AUGGUAGGGAAACAGGCUUGCGCAUUCAUCGGAGGUCACCAACUGAAAGCAGCUACGCUUCCCGUCCCCAUUGAAAUCAAACACUCAACUCUUUCUCAUAGUGAGCUUUCAGAGUUCAGUCCACGAGUGAUUAGUAAUAUGACAAGUGCAGACGAGCAGAACUCUAGGUGUCCAAGCGAGUGGCAAGCAAUUGUAUUCCAUCAGGGUUAUCGUUGCGUUCUCACAUUUUCCGAGGAGACUGACAAGCUGAUGCUGAUUGAGGCACCCCAGCACUCUAAUGGCAAGCGAAAAGUGUUUUUAGAUAUUUCCAUGCGAACGGUUUUGAAUAUCGAGACCUCUGAUGAGCGUGCCGUACGUGAGCUUCUUUGCCGGGGCCGCCGCAAAGCAAAGGCUCUGGAGUCCAGUUGUUGGCCCAAGGGGGAGACACCUUCCUUUCUGGAAUUAGGGGUCAAAUUUACGGACCUCAGCUUCCGUCCGUGCAUAUUUUUGGACCAUGAAUACCGGCUCUCGCAGUCUGCCUCAUCAUGGCAUAGCCGGAAGGGACACCAACGUCUCGAAAACCCUCAAUGGGCUUCUCGGGAUGAUUACCACGCACGCGAGACUAAAUCGCCUUCUGGACCCCUUCACCAUCCCUCUAGAGACACCCAACUAGUCCAAAGGGGCGAAUGUAAGGGUGUGUGGCGGGAUAAUGGGCCACGGUUAACGCACUAUUUUGUCUACUACGUCAGUUUGGGCAAGGCGGUUGCUAAGAAAAGCGUUCGCAUGGUUGAGUUUUGUGUCCUGGAGGAGCCCCAUCAUCUGGGCUGGGCAUUAAAGUUGAAAGACGCCGUGCUCCGGCGGAUUUACGGGGACAGGCCGAAGAUCAUCGAGGUCUUUAUAAGCCCGAAGUCCGGGAAGGGCGACGGGGCGCAAGUCUUCCGGAAGAGCCUCCGGCCUAUACUAGAUGUCACACGCCACACGAUGAAGGUCACUAUCACCAAGCGCGCGCACGAGUGCGAGGACUACGUUGCGGACAUAACGAACAGUCUGGACGCGAACUACGUGGUGGUUGUCGUUGGCGGCGACGGGAUGGUACAGGAGGUCGUGAAUGGGCUGCACCGGCGGAGGCUUGCGUUGAUUGCUCAAAUGCGUGCGGAAUGCGAGGCCGCAGAGUCGGUCGCGCCUCCAGGGGCUUCGUCACCUCGGGAUGGGUUCACUUCUGGCGCGUCAAGAACAAAAGCAGGCACCGAUGAGAGGGUGACUUCGUGCGUUUCAUCGCCUCCUAGCGCGUCUAUGAGGGCCGAUGAGGUCCAGGAAGAGUCCUUGGCAUCAAGUUUGACGCCCGUGUUCGACAUCUUCUUGAGCUGCGGUUGGGAUGCGCUAAUGCCACUCGUUGCCACUAUCCCUUCUGGGAGCGCGUGUGGCCUGGCGAAAGCCUUGGAUCUUCUAGACCCCCAAAAGGCCGCGUGCUCAUUGGUUCACCACACGACGUGCCAGCUAAGUCUUUUAAGUAUGCGAUUCAAGCGCAAUCCCGAUCUCUACGACUUUCACUGGAAGAAAUGGUCGAAGAAGAAGUGCGCGACAGCCAAGGAAAGUUUUGUGUCUUAUCGCUGCAACUACUCGGAGGAGAUCAAAGAGCGACUAGCACGGAGUGAGCCCCCAGAGACAUCUCAAUCACCUUCCGCGAGUGUGAUGGCAAGCGAACACAGCAAGGCGAACACGAGCGACUUAAGUGACAGCCAUUCUCAGCAUUGUUCCGGGUUGGUGGAAUCUGGGGUUAAUUUAGCUGGGUCCAAGGCGUUUGUCGCUUUUACCCCCUCAUCCCCUAAGGGGGGCUUCUCUUCCUUUAAUCCACCGAAACCUUUCUUUAAGGAUGGUACCCCGCUCUACACCAGUCCUGUCUCGCAAAUCCUCGGGUCCCCUGAAUUCGAAGAACGUGUCGCUUUUAUGUCAUUAUCGUUUGGGUUUCCGAACGACGUUGAUCGCGGCAGUGAGCCGCUGCGUUGGAUGGGCAACGCGCGCUUCGCCGUCUUCGCUGCCUUUCUUUUGCUGUCAGGAGUGCGUAAGUAUAAAGCGACCAUGCGCUAUUUGCCAUGGACCAGCAAUGAAGGUCUCCGAUUGGAGAACAUCGACGGAGCGGGCAGCCCGACGUCGUUAUCGCACUUUCCUUCCUGCACGAUGAGGGAUAGCUGUCCACACUGCCAGAAAUACGCUGAGUCCUGCCCGAAUGGUCGUGAGAUGUUGGAGAAAUUCCGAUCUAAAGCAUUGGAUCCAUACUGCGAUUUUCAAAGGGACUCGCCGACUGGUGGUGUCUCCAAAGCUUGUAUGGACUCUAGUGAGGGCGUUGAGGCGCUUCCCAAAACCGCCGAUGGUGUUCCUGACCCCGACAUUCUUUAUUGCCCUACUGCGACAAGCGCCCAACGGCGGUUGUUGAUGUCUUGCAGUGAUGCGGAUCUCCUGCAAGAGGAUCACGUCGACUUCGACUGUGAGAGCUUGCCGUGGGUGACGGUGAGUGGCGAGUUCGUUGGGAUUCUUUUGUGCAACAUGUGCGAUCUCGCACGAGAUAUAGCCAUGGCGCCCUUUUCACACCUUUCCGACGGCGCGAUUGACAUUGUCUUUUUCCGAAGCAACCCCCAGAACCCGUCAAAAUCGUCCAUCACGCGAACAGACGUUUACCAUUUCUUCAACGGGUUGAAGGACGGAACGCAUAUUAAGCAUCCGUACACGAGUUACAUUAAAGCGCGAGCUAUCGAGAUAAAGACAGAUUCGGGAAUUUGCAUGUCAGAUGGUGAGAUGAUGCCCUUGAGUUCUGUUAGGCUAACUAAAAUUCACGGCGCCGUUCGUGUUAUUCGGUCUGACUAA